AUGGGGGCGACUGCUAGCACGGCGAGUGCAUGCGGCUGCUCAAGAGACCAAGAAGUUGAUGUUGAGGUGACUUCCGUACCACCUGCACUGCCUGCGCCGGGUCCCAACGCAGACAAUGACUUGCAGGCUCAGGCUCAGGUCGAUCUUGGCGGAGCUGCAGCGGUCCCCGGCCCCAAGAAGGGGCGUCGACGAAGCCUGCUCUUGCGUGACGCGUUGGUUCCUGACCUCGACAUCAUUCGCGGUGUUUCCGUGAAAGAUACACUGAGGGGUUUCGGUCGGCUUUGGCGCUAUUCUCCCAUGGACCUGUCCGAAGAGCUUCGGGCUGCGAUGUGGGAUCGUUCAAGGCAGAUGCAGUCCUUUGAUUUGUUUUUAUCGCACACUUGGCGAACCAGAGGGUUGUGGAAGUUUUUGGCUUUGACUCUGCAGUGUGGAUGGCAGCGGCUCCUGCUUAGCUGGCUCCUCGCUUUAAUUCUCGUGGAGACUCUGGCUUUCUUCGACAUUCUACCGUUCCAUAUGAACUUCACAGCUGUUUUUGAAGGCGACAGCUACGUCUUCCCUUUCGGAGCUGGGGGAGCUUGGGGUCUCUUCUUGGCAAAUCUUGCGCCCGUGGUCACGGCCAUUGUAGCUCCCGGGGGUGCCAAAGACUGUUUCCUGGACAUCGUCAGCAUCAACCAAGUGGAUGAGGACUUGAUGGAGCGUGGCAUUUAUGGCCACCUGGCUUGCAUCCAGACGGUCUCGGAGGAUGCUUGGCGGUCUCCUGGCUCGAGACUUGCGGUAUCCAAGGAGUUGCGCAUCCUCUGGUCGAAGCCAUACUUGCAGCUUGCCCUUUGGAAUUCGCUUUCCCAGUCGAGACUCUGGUGUGUCUUCGAGAUAGCGGCCUAUCGGUUUAUAAAUCCAAACGGCAAGAUCACCCUCGCACCCUUGUUCUUCGAGACCGGGGUGGCGAUGCUUUGGUUGGGUCAGUACAUCAUCAUGAUCAUCUACAUUCAGCUUCUGAUGGUAAGUCCUACGCUCCCAAGAUUCAUGGCACCUGCGGCUAUUGCUCCAUUCGUUGUAAUGGUGCACAUUCUGCGGAGAAAUCUGUCGGCCAAACAGGAACUGUUUGCAUCGCUUGAUAAUUUCGAUGUUGACAAGGCGGACUGUGCGAAGGAGUUCGACAGGGAGUUUGUCCUUCAAGCGAUUGAGGGAUGGUACGGCAGUCGAGAAGCUUUCACCGACUACGUUCGGGGUCCUCUCCGGAAAGAGCUGCUGGCCAAGGCCAACAGCGGCUUACCGCUGCAGUACAUCUUCGUCAUCGUAUCGCCGACCCUGCUCGGCAUCAUCAAAAGAGGGUUGCCACUUCGCUUCAUCUUUUGCUAUGUCCUCAGUAUCCUCUUCGGCACAAUCCUCUUCAGUGGGGCGGUGCAGAUCCGGAUCAGCAUGUGGGUAUGCGAACGCUUCGAUUGGCUUCAGAGUGUCAUGGUCUUCCUUGUGAGCUUCGUGGUUGGCAUCACCGGGUUUCUAGUGUCCGUUAUCGCGUAUUCGACGAGUUUGGGCGCAUCCCUGGCAUGGUGUGCUUUUGCCAUAUGCAUCUUCGGGCUGUCGCUAUUGAACUGGGAAUGCCUGGCAGCAAAGCUUAACCACACGGCGCCGCCCCAGUUUUCUCCAACAACUGUCGAAGAGAGCCACGUGUCACUCUAG